AUGCGUUUGCCAAGAGAUAGAAGGUAUGAUCGAUUACCUAAUGAAGAACCAAUAGAAGAUGGUAAUGAGGUUGAAGGGAACGGUAUUGAAACUGGAGUUGAAGGUGAGGCUGAUGAAGGGUUGCCUAUAGAACCUCCUCGAUACAUUGGUGGUGAUGUUCCUGAUGAUCUUUUCCUCGGGAGAGAUAUUGAAGAGAUGCAAGUUGAAGAACCUGAGUCAACAACUCCAGAGGUCUUAUCUGAUAAAUUUAGAAGGUUUAGAAAUAAUAUAAAUGAAAGGGUAGUGAUUCCUGUACAGGAGCAUAUUAUUGAUCCGAUGACGUCUAUUAUGAACUUGUUAUCUGAGAAAGUGGAUUUUCAGCUGAACAAGAUAGGGAAUCCUUUGAUCCUAAGACGUUUUUUUUAUAUUAUAUUCAUGUCUAUCGUUACUUAUAUUGUGGUUUCAAGUGGGUUAUUGCCUACUGAUAAGACUUAUGGUAUAAAUGGUGGAUUUUCUGAUCAUAGCAUUUUGAUGGAGUAUGCUAGAGCUGCUGUGGAUUUGGCUAAACUAGAGAGAGAUCUGGAAUAUAUCAGUAGUAUGCCACACAUGUCGGGAACAAAGGGUGACGCUGCUAUAAGACAAUACAUCAGUCAAUCUUUCACAAAUAAUGGUUUGAAAUCGGUUUUUGAGAAUGAAUAUCCUGCUUAUGCAAACUAUUAUGAAUCUGCUAGUUUGUCAAUUAUCACUUCAGAUGGUGAAACAAAGAAUAUUGAAUUGACUGAAGAAAAUUGGAACCCACUUUCUUGGAGUGGUUCCCUAAGCGAUGUUAAUUUGAUUUAUGGGGGGAAGUGUACUUUCGAUUCGAUGAACAAGUUGAAAGAUAGUGGUAUGUUGGAGUCAGAUUUCUUAUUACUGAUUCAUUAUGAUAAAUUGGUGAGCCAGCAGAUUCUAAUUGCACAAAAGUAUAAUGCUAAAGGAAUUAUUUUUAUAUCUGACUCUUAUAACGGUAAUAAUGAUGUUGUUAAAAUGAAAUCAGUAGCUUUACCUCAAUAUUGGCCUGGUGAUAUUCUUACUCCAGGCUGGGUCGGCUCCGUAGUAAAACCAUUGGAUCCUAAAGAUUCACUUGCUGUGCCACAUAUUCCAACUCUACCAUUAUCAUAUAACCAAGCAAAUGGAAUACUUUCGUUAAUUCCAAAAGAAGGUGUUGAAUUCGAAGACGGUCAUUUUAGCGGUAAACCAGGUAGCAUCAAAGUGUCUAUGUCAGUAGAAAACACAGAAAGAAAUCGUCACCCUGUUCAUAAUGUGGUAGCAAAGUUGCAAGGUAGGGAACAAGGUGAUAGAUCUAUUAUUAUUGCUGCACCAAGAAAUACAAUCGGUAAAGGUGCAAUUUAUCCUGACUUUGGUACAGUUCUAUUACUGACAUUAGCUCAGUUGUUUGAACAGAUAAAGUAUAAGUUUGACUGGCACCCCCUAAGAUCCAUUUACUUUAUUUCUUUUGGAGGAACUGAGUUUAACAAUGCUGGUGCAACUGAGUUUGUAGAACACAGGCGUUUUGAAUUACGUGAAGAUGUUUACUCUGUUAUUGAUAUUUCUCAGUUAGGUAUAACUGAUGACUCUAAGAAAAUUGAUGUUCAAACGCAUCCAUUGUUGAGAUCAUUAUUUAAAAACGAAAAUAUGAAAUCGAAUUUUGAUAUUUCUGUAUCAAAUGUCCAUCAAUAUGGUGAUUGGACACCAUUUUACUCUGCUGGUAUUCCAGUUUCGGUUUUAUCGACAAAUGAUAUGUUACAAGGUCUACCAGUUACCGAAACAUCAGCGGAUACGUUUGACCAUUUGAAAGAUCUGCUAGCAGAUGCUAGUAAAAGAGAACUAAUAACUGAUAUCAUACUUUAUGCAUUCCAAAGUUGUUUGAAUAUUGCUGACAUUCCAUUGAUUCCAUUCGAUAUAUUAGAUUUCCAUAACUUCCUUAACGAUGCGAUCAAUAGACUAGAUGACAAUUAUAAAGAUCAAUUGAAUUUCAGUGGAAUAAGAGAAUCCCUAAAGAGGUGGAAAUAUGUUGGUAACGACUUGAUUUCAUGGAAACAUAGUUGGAAUAAUAUCGUAGUUGCACACAAUAGUGGUUUCGAACCCUCAAUAUUAUCAUUGCAUCGUUACAACUGGAAUAAAAAAUUAUUUAAAAUCGGCGCAUCACAAACGUAUGCAGCAGGUAUUUACAAUCGACCAUUUUACAAGAACAUUAUUUUAGGUCCCACAUUUUGGUCAACAGAAGAAGUGAACGAAGAUACUUGGACGUUCCCAGGAUUACGAGAUGCAGUGAAGGAUGAAAAUUGGAACGAAGCACAACAUCAAUUAGAAAUAAUUGCCAAUUCAUUGAAAUCAUCAGCUGAAGUUUUCUUGGAUACAGAACAGAACAUUAUCAUGUGA